AUGCAUGGGAUGGAGAUGAAUUUAGACGACAUCAUCGGGCGGCUCUUACUGCACCCCUCUCACAAUAGCGCUGCUGCCGCCGCCACCCCCAACGCCACCGCCGGGGUCUACGUAGACCGUCAACGCAAGUACACUCGUCUGUCACGUCUGAGUGCCUUCAGGCAGGCGCAGGGGAUGGAUUCGCCGCGACACCCAUGCGCCACGAGCUCCCAGAAGGAAUUGUCGGAGGCCGAGGUGCGUUACCUUGUCAUGGAGUCACGCUUGCUGUUCAUGUCACAGCCGAUGCUAGUGGAGGUGGUGGCGCCAGUCCGCAUUUGCGGCGACGUGCAUGGGCAGUACCACGACCUGCUGCGCCUCUUUGACCUUGGCGGCUACCCACCGGAGGCCAACUACCUCUUCCUCGGCGAUUACGUGGACAGGGGCGACCAGUCCCUCGAGAGCAUCUGUCUUUUGCUGGCGUACAAGCUGCGUUUCCCGGAAUCCUUCUUUUUGCUCCGCGGCAACCACGAGUCUAGCAGCAUCAAUCGCAUCUACGGCUUCUUUGAUGAGUGCAAGCGGCGCUACAGCGUGCGGCUGUGGAAGCAGUUCACAGACACGUUUAACUGCAUGCCGGUGGCGGGGCUGGUGGAGGGGCGUAUUUUGUGCAUGCACGGCGGCCUGAGCCCGGAGCUGAGGCAGCUAGACCAAAUUCGCUGCAUCCUGCGGCCAACCGACGUGCCCGACAGCGGCCUCAUCUGCGACCUUCUCUGGGCCGACCCGGGCGACUGCGUCGGCUGGGGCGAAAACGACCGCGGCGUCUCAUGGACGUUUGGCCAGGACAUUGUGCAGAAGGCGUUGAAGGAGUUUGACCUCGACCUUAUAUGCCGCGCGCACCAGGUGGUGGAUGCCGGCUACGAGUUCUUCGCCGCCCGUCGCCUUGUCACGGUGUUCUCGGCGCCCAACUACUGCGGCGAGUUUGACAACGCCGGCGCCUUUAUGAUCGUCGACGAGAACCUCACCUGCAGCUUUGCGCAAAUUGAGCCCACCAAUACCAUGCUGCGCUACUCCUUUUAA